AUGUUGACUAAAUUGCUUCUUCUACUAGCUGCUAUUGCAUUAACCGUUGGAGAUGUUCUACAAAUCCAGGGCAGAAAUUUUAAGGUAUUCAAGGACGAAAAUGAACUUGUUCAGUCCAAGUUCUGGUCCGAGCUUCUGCUCAAAUCUACCAAAAUUGUGCCAGAUUUACUCGUGUAUGUCAACAGUACGGGCUCUGUCUACCUCACCAGAGAGGAACUGGCUGGCAAGAACUGGUCUCCAUGGUUAAAAUACAGACAUUACUUGCACCUUCAGGAAGUUCAAUAUGGUGACGACGAACAAGUCCACCGAGAAAAUAUUGCAAUUUCUCCCUGUCUUGUGUCUUCUCUUUCCUCAGAGAACAUGAGUUAUACCUACACUCUCGGGUGGGACCUGUCUUUUGAUAUUAAUUUUGGCCCAAGGGCAAGAUAUACCUACGAUACAAGUGAGUUGGGAGCGUCCAUCACCGCCAAUGUGGGACUCUUGAAAACGUCAAUUUCGAACUCGGGAAGUAUCAAGUGCCAACCAUCACAAAACGGGACGGUUCAGGUAUUUGGAACCAUGACUCUUCGUUACUUUCCUGACGCCAAGCAACGAGAAUGUAAUUACAAUGUUCGCAAGAAAAGAUUCGAGCCGAAAAAUUGGAACAAAAUUACCACCAAGGCUAAUGGACGGGAGAUUGACGGAGCCGUAUUUUACGAUUUGUCUAGUAUGCCAGUGAUGGAGUGUAUCACAAAACGAGAAUACCAACAAUGUAACAACGUUGCGGAUUUGUUGGACACAGAAUGGAAUCCGUCCCGAUGA